AUGAUCCUUAAGGUUGCCGCCUGCUGCUUGGUCCUAGUCACUAUCUCCAUAUCAGAGGUCAACACCGCGAAACAUAAUGGCCAUUGUCCUGUAGCAACAUCAAACGCUGCAGUCUGUGGAGCCACUUGCGAUUCCGAUGGCAACUGUCCUCUGGGAGAAAAGUGCUGUGCGACUCCAUGUGGAAAGUCUUGCACAAAAGCCAUAGGUUUCCAUACUGAACCAAAGAAAACCAAGAAGACCAAAAAGCAUGGGUCGAAGUCGGGUAUACCGGACUGCCCAGAACGCAGGAAAGGAUGCCCUCGAGUCCGAAAGGAUUGUGCAUGCGAGACUUUCCGCCAGCAUCGGGGCAAGCAGUGUCGUGGUUGUGAUGAAGAGGACUGUGCCAAAAGACGCAUGAUGGAUAACCUUCAGUGGAAACGUCUAUCGUCUAGCGGUAAAAAUAAUGCAGGAGAUCCAACUGGAGACAUUGUCGGUGGUGCAAAAUCGUCAGUGGUAACUGGAGGGCAGUGGUGGGAAGAAGAUCCGAAUAUGGUGGCAAAAGCAAGGCCCAAGACACAUGGUGCCAAUAAAACAGGCCAUAAAGACAAAUCUAGCAAUGGAGUAAAGAAAUCAAGCAAAGGAAAGAAGGGUUCAUCGACAGGAAGCACUGGAUCAGGCAAAAAUUCCUGCAAAGGGAACAAUGGAGAUCCAAGCUGCAAAAAGCAAAAAGGUAUUCAUGGUGGCAGUAAAGGAAAGGAAGCCGGUAAAUCGGGUGGUAAAGCUCACAAAGAAAAAUCUAGUCAUGGAACAAAGAAAUCGAGCGGAGGAAACAAGGGCUCGUCUGGAUCAGGCAAAAGUGUUUGCAAAGGAAAAAAAGGAGAUCCAAGCUGCAAAAUGCAAAAAUCAAGUCAUGGUGGCAAUAAAAGUAAGCAUGCCAGCAAAUCGGGAGGAAAGAAGGGCUCGUCAGCAGGAGGCACUGGAUCAGGCAAAAGUACUUGCAAAGGAAAUAAAUCCGAUCCAAGCUGCAUAAGUCACAAAGCAAUUCACGGUGGCAGUAAAGGAAAACAUUCGAGUCAAUCGGGUGGAAAAGGACACAAAGGAAAGGAGGGUCAUGGAACCUCAAAAUCAAGCGGAGGAGACAAGGGCUCUAAAGGAAAACAUUCGAGUCAAUCGGGUGGAAAAGGUCACAAAGGAAAGGAGGGUCAUGGAACCUCAAAAUCAAGCGGAGGAGACAAGGGCUCGUCAGCAGGAGGCUCUGGCUCAGGCAAAAGUACUUGCAAAGGAAAUAAAUCCGAUCCAAGCUGCAUAAGUCACAAAGCAAUUCACGGUGGCAGUAAAGGAAAACAUUCGAGUCAAUCGGGUGGAAAAGGACACAAAGGAAAGCCUGGUCACGGAACAACAAAAUCAAGCGGAGGAGACAAGGGCUCGUCAGCAGGAGGCUCUGGCUCAGGCAAAAGCUCUUGCAAGGGGAAUAAUGGCGAUCCAAGCUGCUUAAUUCACAAAGCAAUUCACGGUGGAAGUAAAGGAAAGCAUUCCAGUCAAUCGGGUGGAAAAGGACACAAUGGAAAGCCUGGUCAUGGAACAACAAAAUCAAGCGGAGGAGACAAGGGCUCGUCAGCAGGAGGCUCUGGCUCAGGCAAAAGCUCUUGCAAAGGGAAUAAUGGAGAUCUAAGCUGUCUCAUUCACAAAGCAAUUCAUGGUGGCAGUACAGGAACCGAUAAAUCUGAACAUGGAGGAAAGAUAUCAAGCGGAGGAAAGAAAUCAAGCGGCGGAGGAGACAAAGGCUCUAAAGUUUCUAAACCUGCGACAAAAUGCAAAGGAAAGAAGGGUUGUAAGAAAGGUAAAGUUUCUAAACCUGGUACAAAAUGUAAAGGAAAGAAGGGUUGUAAGAAAAGCAAAAGUAAGAAAGGCAAAGUUUCUAAAUCUGGAAAGAAAUGUAAGGGAAAGAAGGGUUGUAAGAAAAGCAAAAGUAAGAAAGGCAAAGUUUCUAAAUCUGGAAAGAAAUGCAAAGGAAAGAAGGGUUGUAAGAAAAGCAAAAGUAAGAAAGGCAAAGUUUCUAAAUCUGGAAAGAAAUGCAAAGGAAAGAAGGAUUGUAAGAAAAGCAAAAGUAAGAAAAGCAAAAGUAAGAAAGGCAAAGUUUCUAAAUCUGGAAAGAAAUGUAAGGGAAAGAAGGGUUGUAAAAAAGGAAAAGGUAAGAAAGGCAAAGUUUCUAAAUCUGGAAAGAAAUGUAAGGGAAAGAAGGGUUGUAAGAAAAGCAAAAGUAAGAAAGGCAAAGUUUCUAAAUCCGGAAAAAAGUGCAAAGGAAAAAAGGGUUGUAAGAAAAGCAAAAGUAAGAAAGGCAAAGAUUCUAAAUCUGGAAAGAAAGAUAAGAAAUGUAAGGGAAUGAGUUGCAAAAAUGGAAAGAGUAAGGGCUCAAAAAGUAAAAAAACCGGGGAUGGUAAGAAAGUCUGUAAGAAGGCUAAAGGGAAAAAAUGCAAAAGCAGCGGAGGUUCCGACGGAAGUGGCAGCGGUUCUUCAAAAGAUAAAGGAGGCUCAAAAUCUGGAAAAAAAGAUGACGAUGGAGGUUCCGAUAGCAGUGACAGCGAUUCGUCUGGAGAUGAUGACGGAAGUUCUAAAUCUGGUAAAGGAAAGUCUGGCGGAGGUUCCGAUAGCAGUGACAGCGAUUCGUCGGGAGAUGAUGACGGAAGUUCUAAAUCUGGUAAAGGAAAUGGUGGCGGAAGUUCCGAUAGCAGUGACAGCGAUUCGUCUGGUGAUGGCGACGGAAGUUCUAAAUCUGGUAAAGGAAAGUCUGGCGGAGGUUCCGAUAGCAGUGACAGCGAUUCGUCGGGAGAUGAUGACGGAAGUUCUAAAUCUGGCAAAGGAAAUGGUGGCGGAAGUUCCGAUAGCAGUGACAGCGAUUCGUCUGGUGAUGGCGACGAAAGUUCUAAAUCAGGCAAAGGAAGUGGUGGCGGAAGUUCCGAUAGCAGUGACAGCGAUUCGUCUGGAGAUGGCGACGGAAGUUCUAAAUCAGGUAAAGGAAAUGGUGGUGGAAGUUCCGAUAGCAGUGACAGCGAUUCGUCUGGAGAUGGCGACGGAAGUUCUAAAUCUGGUAAAGGAAAUGGUGGCGGAAGUUCCGAUAGCAGUGACAGCGAUUCGUCUGGUGAUGGCGACGGAAGUUCUAAAUCUGGUAAAGGAAAGUCUGGCGGAAGUUCGGAUAGCAGUGACAGCGAUUCGUCCGGUGAUGGCGACGGAAGUUCUAAAUCAGGUAAAGGCAAGUCUGGCGGAGGUUCCGAUAGCAGUGACAGCGAUUCCUCAAAUGAAGUGGAAACUAGUGGUCGAUCCGAUAGCAGUGAUGAUUCCAGUAGCAGUGAUAGCUCUUCUGGCGAGGAUGACCGUAAAAAGGGUGGCAAGCGUUGGAAAAAGAAAUCUAAAAAGGGAAAAAGCGGCAAAAAAAACAAAAAGGACUGCUAA